GCGGGGGCGAGGACGUGAGGCGGCCUUGAAUCACCUUGAGGCUGCGCUGGGCUGGGCGCUGCUCAGAGAGGUGGAGACUCUCCGCGGGAAUUGACCUUUGGAAGCCGGAUACCAACUCUCAGCAACCAUGUCUGCUAAUGAUGCUUUCAUCCAGACCCAGCAGCUGUAUGCUGCCAUGGCAGACACAUUCUUGGAACACAUGUGCCGACUGGACAUUGAUUCUCCCCCAAUCACUGCAAGAAACACUGGUAUUAUCUGCACCAUUGGUCCGGCUUCUCGGUCAGUAGAAAUGCUGAAAGAAAUGAUUAAAUCUGGAAUGAACGUUGCCCGUCUCAACUUCUCUCACGGAACUCACGAGUAUCAUGCAGGAACAAUCAAGAAUGUACGAGAAGCUACUGAGAGCUUUGCUUCUGAUCCUAUUUCCUACAGACCUGUCGCUGUUGCACUGGAUACUAAGGGACCUGAGAUUCGAACUGGGCUCAUCAAGGGGAGUGGUACAGCAGAAGUAGAGCUUAAAAAGGGUGCAGCUCUGAAAGUGACCCUCGACGAUGCUUUUAUGGAGAAGUGUGAUGAGGCAGUAUUGUGGGUAGACUACAAGAAUCUCAUCAAGGUUGUGGAGAUUGGCAGUAAAAUCUAUGUGGACGAUGGCCUUAUUUCUCUUAAAGUUAAGGAGAAAGGCGCAAACUACGUCAUGACUGAAGUUGAGAACGGUGGGAUGUUAGGUAGCAAAAAAGGUGUGAACUUACCUGGUGCUGCAGUAGAUCUUCCUGCUGUUUCUGAGAAGGACAUCCAGGAUCUCAAGUUUGGUGUUGAGCAGGAUGUGGACAUGGUUUUUGCUUCCUUCAUCCGUAAAGCAUCGGAUGUUCAUGCUGUCAGGAAGGUGCUGGGGGAAAAGGGAAAGAAUAUCAAGAUCAUCAGCAAGAUUGAAAACCAUGAGGGAGUGCGCAGAUUUGAUGAAAUCCUGGAAGCUAGUGAUGGCAUCAUGGUAGCCCGGGGUGACCUUGGUAUUGAGAUUCCAGCUGAAAAAGUCUUCCUUGCCCAGAAAAUGAUGAUUGGCCGUUGCAACAGAGCUGGCAAGCCUAUUAUCUGUGCUACUCAGAUGUUGGAGAGCAUGAUUAAGAAGCCCCGCCCCACACGUGCCGAAGGGAGCGAUGUAGCAAAUGCUGUGCUUGAUGGAGCUGACUGUAUCAUGCUGUCUGGAGAAACUGCCAAAGGAGAUUAUCCCCUGGAGGCUGUCCAGAUGCAGCACCUUAUAGCUCGGGAGGCCGAGGCCGCAAUCUUUCACCGUCAGCUGUUUGAAGAACUUUUCCGUCACACUGCUAGCAGCAGGGACCCUUCUGAAGCCAUGGCUGUAGGCGCGGUGGAGGCCUCUUUUAAGUGCUUAGCUCCAGCUGUGAUAGUUUUGACAGACACCGGCAGAUCUGCUCACCUGGUGUCCAGAUACCGGCCACGUGCCCCCAUCAUUGCUGUGACCCGUAAUGCUCAGACAGCCCGCCAGGCCCACCUUUACCGUGGCAUUUUCCCUGUGCUGUGCAAGGAGGCAGCCCUGGACGCUUGGGCUGAAGACGUUGACCUCCGCGUCAACUUGGGCAUGAAUGUUGGCAAAGCUCGUGGAUUCUUCAAGUCAGGAGAUCUGGUCAUAGUGCUUACUGGUUGGCGCCCUGGAUCUGGUUACACCAACACCAUGCGUGUUGUGCCUGUUCCGUAAAAUGGAUCCCAGUGAUGACCACCCCCUCCUCCUGUCUCGCCACCUUUCCCUCUUGCAUUAGACCAGUAACUGCUUGCAAUAUUGUUCUUGUCUGUAGAGCGGAUAGUGACUGCCCUAAGCCAUCAAGUGCAGUAACUGGGGGAAAAGAGACUUCAAUUUAGAAAUACUUGAAAUAGUUUGAUAAGUGGAACCUCUCCCGUUUCUUCUUUGCCCUGGGCUAUCCUGCCUUAUUUUGUUAGAAGCCAGUAGAAUCCAGCGGCCUGGGUUGCCCAGUUUCUCUUCUCUAGCUAUCUACUCUGCAAAGAAACUAGGAAUCUUGGUUUGCUUAACUGGUAUGGCAUUUUAGGCAAAGGCUUGAUGUCAUACUUGCCCUAAAUCCCACCCUCCCAAUCUCUCUUCUUUCUGUAAGUCUGUGUUGUCAGCACUCCGCCAAAACACUCCACUUAGGAGCUCUCCUACAUCAUAGCUCACUCGAACUUGUAGCGCCUCGCUAGUUCUUGCUGUGUUCCUGUGAUACGCAGGAGUGCUUGUUCCAUCGUAAUCCAUGACACACAUCACUUGACUAGAUCAACACACUCCAGUAAGGGUUGACACGAGCAACCUACCCUGUCCCUUGGAAGUUUUAGAAAGCAAAUCUAAAUCUCCUGUUUCUCCUUGCCAGUAGAACUGAGGGACAUCAGUGAAUAUUUUUUCAGAGUUUAGGAAUAGAUUGUUCUGGUUUUGACAACAUAGGAAGAAUUGGGAAAAACAGAUUUUGCUCAUGAAACUUACAUAGGCGAGCCAAGCCAUUGAAAUUGUUCCCAUCAGCGCACUCCACACAACUGAAGCUACCAAGAGUUGCUUGUGCUCCUGUUGUUGAGCUGUCUUGUGUUCAAGUUGAGUCAUGCUUCCUUACAGCGCACUCUGUAAGUCUAUGUACAUUACCUGCUGUUAAGGGAUGUAUCAGGUUGUCAGAUGCCACUUUAUACAUCAGUAAAGCAGAGUUCAAACCUA